UGUCAAACUCUAUGACAACAAACGGUUGCUCGUCACUGCGUGCAGCUCAUAACCAAACGUCGUUCUUUGCUUGAAGCGUCAUGAAUUACACUGCGUGUUCUGACUACAGCUACCCUUACUCUCAUAGCGACGCGGAUUUUUCCCACGUGGCGUGCAGUUCCGAGUGCUACCAACAGUCGCAAGAGAAUGAUGCUGCUCCAUCGCUCAGUAACUUCAUGCUCGCCGCGUCGGGGAAUUUGAACAUACUGUUGAGGAAGCCGAGAAAGUCACGCCGCAAAGUGAAUCUGAAGAAGUAUCUCGAUCGGCAACUCAAACGCCGCCUCUCCAAGCUCAAAACGAUUGGCAAGUCAGCAGCAGAGCUUUCUUCAUCAUCUCUACGAACAUCCGUGUCCGAAGAGAGUAAAAACAUUGGAUGGGAUUGGUUGUUGGAUGACGAUGAUAUUGAGGAUGAAGAGAACGAGGACGAGCAACUAAGAAACGCGAGAGGACCAUCGAGAGGAAGCGCAAAGUCCAAAUCAAUAAAAAAGACAAGAAAUGGCGGUUCUAAAACAAACAUUCAAUCAAGCUGGAAGGCAUCCACUCGGCCUCAAGCUCCGCUCCAACACAAUCACGAGACAAAAAGUAAGGCAACAUCUCUACACCAAUUUCAGCAUCAGCAAGUCAUCAAUGACGCCUUAGGAGAGAACAUCUUGGACCUUCUCGAUACAAUUGGUGACAACGUCUCUGAGAAUAGUGACUCAAGCUACACUCUAUCCGAUGGCUCCCUCUAUUCGCGUCUACCACACUCCACCUCUCCAGUUCUCGAACAUACAUCUACUCCUGGCUAUACCUCAACAGUUUUACCUCCCAUCUCAACACUCACCACUCCAAGCAUGUAUAGUCAACAAGAAAUUAUCCAUCAUCAACAUCAACAUCACCACAUGUCUGUACCCACACCUUCCGACCAUUUCAUGCAACAGCAGCAUGUCUGGACGGAAUACACAGCCACCCCGUCUCCCCCAUUGCCAGUCUUUCCUGCACCAGCAGAUCUGCCAUUGCAGCUGGCCAGCAUUCCGACUGAACAGUUGCUGCCUCAGACAGCCGUAUACUACUAG